AUGGCGGGGAAGGGCAACGGCAGCAGCUGCUGCGCCUUCUGCGAGCGCUCCAACCAGCCGUCCAUAUGCGCCGGCUGCGUCAAUUACAGGUCUUGGCGUUGUUUUCCCUUUCUGGCUGAUUCCUAUGUUCUCGCUUCACCACUCUACAGGUGGAAUCAUGAGCCUUUUUUUGAUGUUUUCUCGUAAAUUUCGCGUUCACCAGGCUGAAUGUUUCCGGUACGUCAUUGAAGUCGUCCAAGAGCACGCGAGAUUCCCUGUAUGCGAGGCUCAACGCUGUGCUAAUAGCGAAGGUGCCCUUUUAACUUUUUUUGGAACCCUAUGGAAGGUCUAGAAUUAUGUUCUCAGCGUUGGUCUUAUAUUUUAUGUACCGUAUAUUGUUGUAUCGUCACUUGCCCCAUGUCAGUCUUCAUUCCGCGUCGCUACACAUCAAGUGAAAAAAUUAUGCUGAAAAUUCUAUUGAGAAUGAGAUUUCUGAGCAUGUAUAUCUAAACUCCUUGAACAAGUCAAAUGAGCUUCUUCUGGUUGGCAUAUUAUAUGGAGCUCUUUUGACGUCAACCCUCACAGAGGGUCAUCACUUUUUAACCUUAGUGAAGGUAGUUUGAUUUUUUCAAGGUCUGCGGAAACAACAUCACUGUCAUAUACCUUCAAUAAGGCUACCUUACAUGGAACGGAAAACCAAGCAAGUUAUCUGUAGACUGCUUGUAGGAGGUGAAGAUCACGAGAAUUCUGUCACUAGAUGGAAUAAGUCGAAAUCGGAUCGUGUUAAGUAAAGUAAAAAAUGUAGUGCGUUGGCAAUAAUUGUAAACAUGUAUUAACUAAGUCAGCGUGGAUAACAGAUAGUAUCUUUAGUUAGAUAAAAAAGCAGUAAGUUUCUAAGAAGUGAUGCCAAUGUAGCUGAGGAACGGGGAAAGUGAUCAAUAAUUGCACAGUAAUAAUAGGCAGCAACUGAUUAAUUGUGGAAGAGUGGCCGGGAAAAAUCACUUCUUCCCUCGUCCAAUCCCAUAUCAUAAUCCCAAAUGUCUGAACACUGAUAAUGACAUUCCAAGACAUAAAACCAGGUUCUGUUGUCUUCAGAAUUACGAUACAGCACAGAUGGUCUAGAUCUCCCUGCAUGACAUCGUGUUUGGCUUGAAACAAUCUAGACUCAUUGUAAUGAAAUAGAAAAUGUCUCUGCUACUUGCUGUCCCAUUUCUAUCACAUACCUUAGAGCACAUUUGCGGUUGAAAGUUGCAAUCCUGUACUCACCGGAUGAAUUUCUCCUUGAUCUUAUAGCAUACUUGCAAUUUCUGAAAAUACAUACUGGCAGAAAAUAACAUGAUACAGUAUCAAAGGGGCCAUUUUAAAAGCUCGUAAAUGCAUAUUAUGUCUUUGACGAUCUUUGAAUUAUAGUGGAUAUUAAUUAAUUAAAGUUGAAUCAUUCCGAUUGUCUUCCAAUAGUUAUAUGAUAAUUCUUGUGUUCAUUACAAAGCUAUGAACUGUAUGCAUCAGUUGAGUAGAAGGAUAUCAGCUGGCCGCAUAGGUGAUUAAUAUUUCAAGAGAGCCAUGGCCAUUAAUUGACGCCAACUGUUGUCAAUCUACUGUCCCCCAGAGUUUUUCCAUUCAAUGUUCGACUGAAUGCAUUCUUGUAUAUGAAUAAACACGGAUAACAUAUAUUUUUCUGGUUUUGUCAGUACAGAACUGAAGAUCAACAUCUGCUCUAUACUUAUGACAACGAGAUCUCUUUUAUAUUGAAGGUUCAUUUUAUAUGAAACCUCAGAAUAUCAGUUGGCACUAUUACUGGUCGAAAUUGGUUGAUUCUUCUUUCCAAGGAUUCAUACAAAAGCUAACACUGAAAAAAUGCUAAGAAAAUUUGGAAGUGUGCUCUAAUUUUUUUUAGUCUACGGGAGGACCUAAGGAUAUGGGCUAAAAUGUCAGUGAUCAGAAAUUGAGGCCCAAUAUUUUCCUUUUUGUUGUCAAUAUCAGAUUUGUGAGAUAUUGAUAGAAAAAAAUGUCUCCUACCUCCCUCCCCCACCCACCUCCAAGGAGAGAAAUCGUAGUAUUACCUGCUGUAGACACCAUUUUUUGUCAAUACUUCUAGUUGGUAUUGGGCCCAUUACAUUUCAUUACAGCUUGCCCAAGUUUUCUUGGGUCAGUGUUAGGAGACAUUACCAGAGAAGACUUCUGAUUUAUUAACCAGUUAAUGCUUUGACAUUCCUCUCGUAUUCACUCCCUGUACAACUUCUACAAUUUAUAAUGGUAAUUUCUUCUUCAUCCAGAAUAAGGCAUCUGAGCAGAUAAGUUGGAGAGUAUCCCAAAAUGUGAAACUUACGCGUUUGAAGGAGAGACUACAUCAUUUAGAGAAGAAGCUUGCACAAGGUCCAUUCCAUAGUUAUAAUGUACACCUUAUUUCGAGGCUUUGUUUUUCUUGUUGUUCGUGACUUGUUAGGGUUUCCUAUUGAACUAUGUUUGUUUUCCUUCAGGCAAGACCUUGGUGACUAAAGCAACAAAUGAUCUAAGGUCCAGGGAAAAAUUGGUGGAAUCAGCCUUCUCUAUGGUAAGUGUUUUUUCUGUCUUGCUCUUCAUUUUUAAUUAAUUUAUUUUUUAUACAUUUUUUUAUCCAUGCUACAAUUUCCCCAGUUAAAUAGGAGCCGUUCAGAGCUGCUGGAAAAGUCCUCUAACCUUAUCUGCACCCAGAGUUUGUGGCAUGUGAGUUCUUUUUCUUGUUGUUUCCUUUUUUAUGUUUGAUCAUCCUUUAAACGUUUCAAUUCUUAUAAAAUGUCUUUCAUAAUGUAGGGAAAAUCAAGUAUUGAAUGAUUUUAUUGGGAGUCUCAUUCUUGUCUCCAGUUUCUCCGAGUAUCAUUAAAUUUGCUGCUGUUUUAUAAUAGUCACGAUACACCGUCCAAAGCAGAUGUAGUUCGAAUGUGAACAAACUUCUUUUUAACUUUGUUCUAAUAUAACCCCCAAGCAGUGGCUACAGAUGAAUUUUUUGAAGUAUGAUACUAGUGGUUCGAUGAUCAUAUCAAGUUCUUGGAAUUUGAAUGUCUCUAACAGACAGAUGAUGCGUGAAUUAUCUCACCUGAUGUUUGAUUCUGUUUAUCUUGUAGUGUCUCAAUAGUGAAACUAUGUUGUUGGAUUGUAGCCGCAUUGUAGCAACUUGGAUCGCCUUCACUUGACAUACUUUUGAGCUGAAAAAAAAUGUUUAAACUAUUUUAAUAACCCAAAAGGCUUUGUCAUAUAAGCUCGUUAAACCAAUUAGAUCUUGAAGUAACACGUAGCAAGCAUUGACACCUAAAGAAAACAGGUUGACGCCUAUGAGAGUAAAAUUUGAAGAUAUUAACACCUAAAGUUCAGGAGCCAACAUUUGAGCAUUUAGUUCUCAAUUUUUCACUGAUGUCGACCCUAGUACCUGUCAAAGAUGAUCCCCAUCACUUUACCUCUAUGUUUUUCAACAGAUUUCAAGUCAACACCUAGAAGUAAAAUAGAAAGUCAAGUCGAUAAGCGUCAGCAACUAUAGUUCAGGGGUUUCUACUUGCAAAUCUGUCAAAAUCCAGUGCACAAGUGUCAACAUAUGAAAACUUGAGUUGACGACACUUAAUACUUAACAUUGUACCCAUUACGCUCGAGUGUUUGCACCUGUUAUAAAUAAUAGUUCACACUGAAAAGGCUAUCCAAUAUCUUUCUUCAAAAACAUUCAGGAAAGAUUUAAAAACAAGCCAUUAAAAAGCUUUUAGCAAAUAAUUUCCCUUCCCAAGCUAUGGAAAGCUCGUCAUGUGAGGAUCAUCUGACGUUUUCAAGGUCGAGGACUUAGAAGCUCAGUCUUUCUAACUCAGAAGUACUCAAUUGUUCUUUUAAAGAUCCAAGUGAGGCUCCAAGCUCGUCACUGUUGUUCAUUAAUAUCUUUAGGUUUUUAUUCAGUAUUAAAAUGUAUUUUAUAUUAUGUUUGAACGAGCUAGUUAUUGAGCAAAACCACAAGCUGUAAAAUGUUUACUCGGUACCUUUUGGGAAGGUCAUAUGUAAUAGUUUAAAGAUAAUUUGGUUAAUAUCUAAUGACAGGCUUCUAAAGUUGAGUAGGAUUUGGAUCUAAUUGGACUAGCAUUGGUAUCUCAUGCUUGUUUUAUUCUGUAACAUUUUUAUUUCUCAUCAAAUUUGUAUAAUGAUACCGAUCACACUUUUUCUUAUUUUGUCCCACUUAAAGAUUGACACGUGCCUUCAUGGGCUACUUCUUUGUAAAUAUUAGUUCUUUUUAAACUUUAUUCGAAAUUAUUAGAUCACAUCCCGUUUGCUGCUGGAUGCAGCAAACCUUUUUCAUCAGAUUAGUGUAAAAGCUAAGCUUAAAGACAUGGAAGAAAUUAAGACAAUACCUCCAGCGAUAAAUCCUUUGCUAGCAUUUUUCUUCUCCUAUGUUCCCAUGUGGAUGGGUAAAUAACUCGAUAACUGCUAUCCAGCUUUAUGUUUCUCCUCUUUGAAAUGCAAGGAUUUGUCUUUUUUAGAGUGGUGUAACCAAUAGAAAAUAUCGAAAAGAAGAAUUCAUCUAUCACACCAGAAUAAGGAAUUGCAUGAAAGUAUUACUCGAAUUUUGCCUCUUUGACACUCAAAUCAGAGUGAGAUCAUUGGAUGCAAUAUCUAUUUUUCCCUCUACCUUUCUCAAGACUAUCUUUCAAUUAAUUAUGUUUGUUUCAGAUCUGACAAAGGGAUAUGCAUCUCAUUUGACUCCCACUUCUUUUUGUAGGUGCAUGCCUUACUAUGCUUUGUGUAUACUGAACUUUAUUAUUAUAUCACCAUACAAACUUGUUCUGGACAUUCAGGUUGAAAAAUGUCUAGGGUUCAUUGUUUUUCAAAAUUCAAUGGUCACCAAACGAGAGAUAUUUAUGUCAAAAAUUUCACCUAAAACCCUGAUCGUCCAUUUAGAUAUUGGAGGUCUCACAUUUCCUUUAAAAUUGAUACAGUCUAGUAUGGAAUUCUAUUAACUAGGAGUAAUCUAGGGAUGAGAUAUUAAUUAUUCAGUCUGGUGAACAUAUUUUAUGAUGUACAUUGUUUUUACUUUAGGGUAUUUUAUUUGGGAAGCAGAAUAAUGUGAUAGGACCAUUGGAAUGAUUGAAAAGAUGUCGUAUAUCUGUGUCUUGUUCAACUCUGUCGUAGAGUAGGUCAUGCAUAAGUUUUGUUCUUAUUAAUAAGGAAUUCUUUUGCAAUCGUUGGAAAUGGAAAUUCUCAUUCCAUGUCAUUUUAGUUAAGAGAUCUUUCUAUUUUUAUUUAUAAAAAUGUUCGGAAGUCAGAACACAAUCUAUUUUCAUGCAGAUGACCGUAACCUCUGAGCUCCUGCAUAAGCAGUCAGUUGUUAUGAAACAAAUCUGCAAGUUAUUUCCUCUACGUCAUGUAAGAACUUCAACUCUUCUGUGUAUAUUUUUUGCAUUUUAGUCUAAUGAUUGCUUUAUACAAUAGUUUUUGCUUUUCUUUUGUGCUGCAUUAUGUUAAAUUUUGACUGUUUACAGUAUUAAAAAAAAAUCAGACAAAAGGUGUUAAAUUUUAGUAAUAUUUUUUUACUUAAACAUGGCCCUUCUACCAUUAUGUAUUUUUCCAUCUUUUCCAAAAGUAAUUAAUGGUUGUUAAUUGGUCAUGUACUGUAAAAAAGGAGAUCCACCAGUGUAGAUUCUUAACAAAGCAGUACAUGGUGAUCGAGAGUUAUUGAAAUAUCCUGUCAGAACCUAUAUGAAAGUUCAGCCACGGCAAAGCAGUCCUCAUACUAACUGUUACUGACAAGGGACAUGAUAAGUCUUUAGCAGAAGAUUUGAUAUGAUAUUAGUGAGCAGUUCAGAUAGUAACGAUCUGCACACACAGAGGACGGGUGGGAGGGGGCUUGUCUCAAGCAUUUUUGAAAGACGCAAAGUCUUUUGAAAUGGUAGAGUAUUACUGUAAGAGAGACAUGACACAUUUCUUCACGUAUGAAUGUUAUGGAGUAUAAUAUUCUGAUCUCUCAUUUUAAAUGUAGGAUCCACAUCAGACACCAAAAGCCCUUCUAGCAAGAAUGAACCUAUUAGUUUUGGACAAAUAAAUUGUUGCGAGACCUCUUAGCAAGUACAAAUCAGACCUUUUUGUUCAAGAGUAAUGUUUACGAAAUUUGUGCGAGGGAUAUGAAUUAGUGACGGUUGAUAUUGGCCUGAAAGGUUGGGAAUGGGUAUUCCAUCUUCCCACGUUAUUUGUCAUAGUUACUGGAGUUCUUACUGGUUUGUGGGACAAUGCGAGGAGAUUAUGUUGUUCAAUGGACUCCCUCUUUUAGACAGCAGGUGUCAAUGGAUUCAUAGCAUUCUAAAACGAUGCAUGUUCAUUGAGUGAAAACAUCAACAUAGGUAACUUUUUCCAACUUUAACCAAAAAAUCCGCUACCCAAGUUAAGAGGUUUGAUAAUUCCUACGACGAAUUAUCUCACAGUUUUAUUUAUUGAGCCACACUCACUAAACCCGACUCGCUGUGGAAGCGGAAGUGACUGAAUUUGACUACAUCAUGAAUGUUAAUUGACGAUAAUAUCAAUAAGAUCAAGGAAUUGCAGUAUACCUCUCUCAUCAGGAAGCUCCUCUAAAGACGCAUUUUCAAACUCAUUCACCAACCUAACGAUCUCUAUCAUGUAUGAACCAUAUGCAGACACGUUGAAUGGAUGAGGAAGUCGUUUAGCUGCAAAAAUAUACAUCACCCUAGAGAAAGUUGCACCUCAUGAUAUGAAUAUUUAAGGAUUAUCUGAAGAUUAUAAGGGCCUUGGUUGCUUCAAUUUGCUGCCUUUGAUGUGAGGAAUCACCCAUCGACUAAUAGAAAAUUUAAGAUAUUUCGCAACUUCAACAGUUUUGUGAAAGGCUUCUUCCAACGGCACAAUCAUUUGCAUGAACUUAACAAUUGAUAAUUCCUCAUAACCGAUUAACAAACUUUCGUAGCCAUGGCCCAUUGCUGGUCAUCUUGACCACAAAGCAUUAUAGCGUCUUUGAAACGGUUCAUAUACUCUCACAGAAAUAGGUCAGCUUAAAUUCAUCUUUUCUCUACAGAUACUUUUUGCAGUGGGCUGGUAAAUAUUUUCCUUUAAUUUAUAUUUCAUUGUAGCCCACAUUUGGAUGGAAGGUUCUCAUAGAUACUCAAUAUCUCCCUUGACAGAACUGGGUUUUAAUGGAUCUAUUUAGUAUCAUUUUGUGAGAAGGAAACAAUCACCAUCAAAACUUCCGUAUCACACAAAAUUAUCCUCCAAAUGACAACCAAAAACUAUAUUGGUGACUAAUAAAUGCUGAUGAAAAAAAAGUAAAUGCUUAAAUUCACUUGGUGGUGUCAUCAUAUUUUCCGAGAAACACAUUAGGAAAAGGUCUUUGGUAUCCAUAGCUAUAAGGCUGUCGAGGAUAUUUGAAGGGAUACUGAUACAACCCUAUGAUCGAACUGUCCUCUAAAAUCAUCCGCUCACUUCGUUUCCCAUCGUGAUGAAUCCAAUCGUAUCUUUUAGUCAUCCAUUUGCUGCAUUAGCAUCUCUGCAGAUUUUAGGAGAUGGAACAAUCUCCUCAUGCGAGUUUCAAUGAUGUUGACCCCAGAUUGGUGAAAGCACAUUCCCGCCUAGGUUCUCAGUUGGCUGUUUUCCUGGAAGCAAUUGUGACGGACCUUUGAAUGCAUGAUAUUAGGAGAUGGAAGAACUUCCUCAUGUGAGUUUCAAUGAUGUUGACCCGAGAUUGGUGGAAGCAAAUUCCCGCCUAAGUUCUCAGUUGGCUGUUUUCCUGGAAGCAAUUGUGACGGACCUUUGAAUGCCCGUUUUUGUGCUGACUAGAAGUAGUACCGGACUUUCAUGGUCCCAGAAAAAGGAAAAAAAAAAUCUGGUGUGGUCGUUUGUGACGCAGCACGCCAUAUUUGUGUGGGAAGGAAAAUAAGGACUGCUUUUGGCUGAGAGACUUAACACGUUGCCCAAGUCAUUGAGGAUGAAUAUGGUACUUGCUUCCUGCCUAUUAUGGAUUAUCUGGAAGAUGCUCUGGUGCCGCUGGAAAUCUGGUGAUUUCUUUUGUUUUGCAGUACACAGUGAGGGGGAGAGUAGUACAGUGAGCCUUUUGUAGUUAAGUGGAGAAGGAUGAUUGCAUUGCUCUUUUAAUCUUUUGUUCCCUUUUCUUUGUCAAUCUUCUCUGGUUUUCAUUGUCUUUUUAUAAUACGUUGCGAAACUACCUCAUCCAGAAAAGGAGAAACAUUUAGAAUUAUUCUGCACCAAAUAUUAGCGAUGAUUAUGAAAUCAGGCCUAUGACAUUUACUUUUUCUAUUGUCCCCAGAAUGAAGCUCAUAAAAGAUUAAACAUCCCAGUUUCUGAGUUUCACAACCAAUUUGUGGCAUUAAUCAUGAUUUUGCUCGUUGACUUUGCUAAAUUGAGUUCCUUUGAAAACGUUCUGCAAAGUCCUUAUGUCGGUCGGUUUCCAGGUGAAUUCAGAUGCAGAUAAAAGGAAUCCAGCUUGCUCAUCGGAUCUGAUAUGUAAUGCACACCUGCCUAGAGCACUUGAUCCACAUUCUGUGCCGUGUGAAGAGCUUGGUGCAUCUCUAGGGUUCGUCCUUCUCUACUCCUGUUGUUGUAUACUUUUUCCACGUAUCUCGAUCAUAUGCUGGUGUAUUAUCGGAAUUCUUCAGGCUUCUUUCCAAUGCUAAUAAUGGCAGGUACAUGGUCCAACUUCUGAACUUGGUCAUCCCAAUCUUGGCUGCUCCUGCACUCCAUAAUUCUGGUUUUGCGGUGAGUUUUGUGGGUCUUCUCAAUAUAGCUCUCUGAAGGGCUACUUACAGUGGCCUCCAUAUGGUGCUGGGUCUGUUUGGUCAGUUCUGUUUGAUCUUACAUGAGUUUCUUCUUUCAGGGCUCAUGCUCACGUAUAUGGCAGAAACAGACAUAUUGGGAUGCCCGCCCCUCUUCACAAAGGUAAACGCUGGCCAACAUAAAUUUUCAAUGGUCAAAUCAUUUAUUUAUUUUUUUUAUUUUUUAAAUAUCAUCAGCAAGACUUGUUCAUCUACAUAUCUCAUGCAGCAAUGAGUACCCGCUCUUCAUUCCUCGCCAAAGUUUCUGCUCAUCCACUGGAGAAGAAAACUCAUGGAAUGAUAAGAGUGCGAGUAAUUUUGGGGUCACAUCAGUGGAGUCCGUAAAGAAGCCUUCCUUGGAUGCGGCAGGGAGCGUCAGUUUCAACUAUUCUUGUGCUUCUCUGCACAGCGUUGAGACCCACAAGGACCUGCAGAAAGGGAUAUCACUCCUGAAGAAAAGUGUCUCCAAUGUUACCGCAUAUUGCUAUAAUUCGCUGGGUCUGGAUAUACCCUCUGAAGCAUCCACUUUUGAGGCGUUUGGGAAGUUGUUGGUCACUCUUUCUUCUUCAAAGGAGGUCCGAUCAGCUUUCUCUGUGAAGAUGGCAUGCUCAAGGUAGAUAUACUUUCCCCAAGUUAGGUGCUAUUAAUCGUCCAGUUUCCCAUAUCCAGUUGAAUCCUGGAAUGCAUGGAUAAAGAGGGAAAGUUCGAGUUCAAUACAAAGAAUUAUAACUUUAUUUUUAUUUUUUCCUAUCGCCAACAGUUGUAGUGAACAUGAUUCCAGACAUGGGUGACAACUUUGAAUGCUUCUCUAUGAUUUUAUUUCCUGUAUGCAUGCUCUUAGUGUAAAACUUGAGCUGAUGAGCUCCUAUGCCAAUUAAAACACACCUAGAUGUUGGAUGAUGAUGAACAGAUUUCUUUCCCAGAAGUUCAUGAUCAUGCCUUUUUUUAUGCACAGAAACCCACCUAGAUGAUUUAUUUUUUUUCCUGUAAGGCAAUAACAUUCGGUAUGCUUCCAUUCCAGAUCUGGUAAGCAAGCACCACAGUUGAAUAAAUCCGUGUGGCAUGUAAAUUCUGUGGCAUCAACCGGCAGCCUGGCAGACAGCACACAACUACAGGUGAAGUCUCUCCUCUUAAGAUCCAUAAUUCUCCUCACGUCAUUAGCAAGCUUCUAUGCACACACACGCAUAUAUGCAUAGAUAUAUAUAUAUAUAUGAUUUUUCUUCCCCUCCUUGCUUGUUGUUCAUCUAACUUGGCAGAGACGGCGCCGAAGUGUUCCUCACCCUGAUCUCUCGGAUUCGGCAGCUGCCAGCUUCUUCUUCACCACUGAGGCGGCUGAACCUGGAAAGCCCGACAGCCUCGUUGAAGGGUGGGACAUCGUGGAGCACCCAACCUUUCCCCCUCCACCAUCGCAGUCUGAGGACAUCGAGCAUUGGACUCGAGCCAUGAUCAUCGACGCCACAAAGAAGUAG